AUGAAGCAGGCAGACACAGAUGGACAGCAGGUGGACAGCAGACAGACAGACAGCAGACACAGAGAGCGGACGGAAAGGGUGCAGCAGACAGAAAAGGAUGAGCUGCAGCAAAGAACAGCUGAGGACGAUGCUGACGAUGGGACAGACGAACGACGGCCGAAGACGGCAGACGAAGAUGAUGCAGUGACGGCAGAGAAAAGAGACGGACGAUGGACGGAUAUAGAAGACGACGAAGAAGCUGAAGGUCGAAGCUUGCCAGGUCUCUCUCUCCCUCUCUCACUCUCUCUCUCUCUCUGUCUCUCCCAAGAAGAACUGCUCAACCCGGGGAGACAGCAGACGGACGGCGGAGACAAGACGAAGAUGCAAGACGAAGAAGAAGAAGAAGAAGAAGAAGAAGAAGAAAAGAAGGGGGAAAGGGAGCUGGUUAAGAAGAAGAAGGGGGAAAAAGUGACCGUCUCUCCCACCCCCAUCCAUCGCCAGCUUGCUCGCAAAAGCAAGCCCGCGUGCCAGACAGACGCCAGGCAGAGCUGCCACCAGGCGUCGGAGGGCGGAGGAGACGAUGCAGCUCCCUCCCCGAUCAACCCAUCAUCCAUCAUCCAUGUCUACGGGAAGCCCUACGGGUUCUAUCUGCAACUUGCCAUCGUCUUCGUCCUGCGUCUCAGCAGUCCCCUGGUUUCUGGUUUUCAGGGCAGGCAGUUACCGCGUGCUCUAGCUACAUUGUCCGUUCCCCUUAAUCAUGCAUCUCCAUCACUCUCCCGUCCCUCAGCUUUGUCGCUUUUCCAAUUUACAAGGAGAAGAGCAAAAGAAAAGGGAGAAGAAGCAGUCACGAGAGAAGCUUGA